AUGUGAAAGCGUACAUCAUGAUAUCGUGAAUUUGACGUUUGCUUGUUCGUUGUGACAAAUUGAAUUCGGUUACAAACGCGUCGAAUUGAGAAUUGUGCAUAUUUAUGCAAAAUUAUUUAAAAUAAAUAGAUUAAAGCUAUUAUAAUUGUGUUUCUUUAAUAUUUGUGAACGUUUUGUGUCUGUGCAAUAAUAUUUGAAAAAGGGUGAGUAAAGAAAACUAUAAUUCAAUAUGAUGAAAACUACAUUUAGUGCAUAUGUAUAUGAGACGGGAAAAAAGACUUUUAAUCUUAGUGCAUUUGUGAAAAGGGAGUUAAAUUUUGAUUGUUAUCCUGAAGUGGAGGGAUGCAGUUCACUAAGCUCCCUUGAUUUUUCUUCAAAUUGCAGUGAUAGCUAUGUUAGUGAUAGGAAUAAUAGUGAUAGUGAAAUUUUAAAAAAAGGAUAAAAAAUAAUUCAUUUAGUUUAGAAUUAAAAGCUUGGGCUUUAAGAAAUAGGGUAUCCCAUAAUACAGUAAUCGAUCUUCUGCAAACGUUGCGAAAAAUAGGAUUUACCUCUAACGGCUAAAAGUCUUCUAGGUACCAGCCGAAAAAAGUAAAUAUUCAAAUGACUCCAAGUGGACCUUUUUUAUAUAGAGGAAUUCAAAAUCAUUUUGAGAAAAAUUCAUUUCCUCAAAAUGAAAAUAAUAUUUUGCUAGAUGUGGGAAUAGAUGGCCUGAAAUAAUUCAAGAAUUCGAAUAAAGUAUUGUGGCCUAUUCUAGCAUCGAUAGUUAAUUUUCCAAACGAAUUGCCGUUUACAAUUGCGUGCUUUUCUGGAACAGAAAAACCUUGGAGCAUCAAUGAUUUUUUAAAAGAAUUUUGUGAAGAAGUAAAUUAUUUAAAAAAAAAUGGUCUUCAGGUUGGAAAAAAUUUGAUAUUCGUUUGUUUUGCUGUGAUGCUCCCGCUAGAGCUUUUGUUACAGGUGUGCAGUCGCACACUGGAAAAAGUAGUUGUUCUAAAUGUGAGCAAGUGACUACAAAGAAAGAAGAGUUUAUUUUUCAAAACAAAUAAAACAUUUAAGAACUGACCAAUCUUUUAAAAAUAGAAGUGACAGAUCACAUCACAUUAAUCCUUUUAAAUUUAGAGUCAGGAAAUUUCAAAAUGGUUUCCCAAUUUCUUUUAGACCCAAUGCACCUUGUAGAUCUUGGUGUAUGUAAAAAGUUGCUUCAAUUGUUAAUUAAAAAAGGCAAUAUGAACGCAAGCAAAGUUGACGAAAAAAUUACAUUUUUUCCAAUUUAGUUCCUUCAGAGUUCGGUCGAAUAUGUAGAAGUUUUGAUGAAAUCAAUAUUUGGAAAGCGACAGAGUUUAGGCAAUUCUUAUUGUAUAUAGGUAUAUUUGUCCUAAAGGAUUGCAUUGGUGGUGACCAUUACUACCAUUUCCUCUUAUUUCACGCAGGUAUGAGACUACUAUCAUGCAAGAAGUCUAUAGCACUGAAGCCAAUGUUGCCCCACAAAUUUUAGAAGAAUUCGUUGAUUUGUUUGGAAAUAUAUACGGUGAGUUAGUUAGUUACAAUAUACAUGGUUUACUCCAUUUAACUGACUGUACCAAGCAAUAUGGUCCUCUAGACAACUUUUCCGCUUACAAGUUUGAAAAUCACAUACAAUAUUUAAAAAAACUUAUAAAUAAGGCCAAUAAAAUCCUGCAGCAAUUACAUUUUAGGCUAGAAGAAAGAAAUAUUUCAGAUUUUACCUGCAUUAAAAUAUCAAAAAUUAAUUCGUUUAAUAUAGAUUUAAAAAAAGAAAAAGACUACUAUUGUUUUAGUCAAAAAUUAGGCCCCAUAAAAGUUACAGGCAUGACAGAGGAAUCUGGUAUCGCAACUUUAUCGGCACAUUGUUUCUUGAGCGUUGAAAACUACUUUCAAGAACCAUUGGAAUCGUCAUCUGGUUUAGGUUGUUUGUUGGCAAAUAAAUUGCAUCCACAUUUGUUUAAAAUAGAAAAAGACGAUAUAGUUUAUAAAUAUUUUUCUAUUCCAUAUGAGGGCAAGUUUCUUCUAAUUCCGAUUUUACAUCGUCUAUUUCAUGAAUUUUCAAAUUAGUAUUUUUCACUGUAAUUAUUGCAUUGCCCCGAUGGUAUUUUAUUAUAUUAUGUUAAGUUAUUUAAAAUGAAUUUUGAUGCUGCCAAAUUUUUAUUUCUUAAUCAGAUGGAUUCACCAGCGCUUUUUGAUGACACCUAUUUGGAGGAAUGCCCAACAACGUCUUCAAUACCCGUAAAAGAACAAUUGACAUUUAAACGAAAGAAAUUCAACAUUUCUGGUUGCUACAACUCAGAGGCAAGCUUUUCAAAGCAACAAGGAAACAAAUUGCCUGUGGAUGGAAAUGAAUUGACUUCAAGAGUUGAUAACAUGGAAAGGAAGAUGGACAGCUUUUUAAAAGAAAAUAUAAUUCAAAAAAGCGAAGAAAUGGCCCAACAAAAAACCGUCCGCAAAUGUAAGGUGCUAAUUCGGAAAGUUCACCAAUCAGUAUGCCGACUGACUGGUGAAGAAAUUGACAACGCACAAACAGAAAUUGCUUCCACCCUACCAUUAACAACACUAGCUGCAGCUUUGGAAAUAGAAGAAAAACUUAAAUUCGAAGAAUUUGCUACAGCAACGAAACAGUUUGUUUUAAAGAUGAAAGGCAGUUCCGACAGUGUAUUUGAUGUGUUGCGGUAUCUGUACACUGACGAAUUCCUAACCUUGUGUAACUGGGACGGUAGGGGAAGCAAGCAACCGCUAUCAAAAUUUCUGUUGUCCAACAUAUUAUAUUAUAUGGUAAAUUUUAUACAUACAUAUUUACUAGGGUGUGCCAUUCUGAGGCAACCUUUUUUUUUCAACUGAAAAACAGACUCAAAACUUUCGAAAAUGUGUAAAAAAAAAGUCAUUCAAAAGAUGAGCUCCUAAUAUAAUAUUAAGAGGUGCCUAUUUCAAAUUUUCUGUUUUCCAUAUAAAUUACAUAGAAAAAAAAUCGUUUUUUUUUGUAGUGGUUAUUGUGCGAUUUUUCGAAUGUCAAGAACCGAUUCUUAAUCGACUUCGACUACUGGAGAUCGAUUCCGAAAAAUCGAUUAUUUUACGAGAAAACUCGAUUUUCGAGUAGAAUCGGAAUCGAGUAUACCAUCCCUACUGGCAGCUAUCGGGGGACAUAUAAAACCUCCGCAUAAUAACCACCACAAAAAAAAAUUAUUUUGUUUCCAUGUAAUUUAUGUGGGAAACAGAAAAUUUGAAAUAGGCACCUCUUAAUAUUAAUAUUAAGAGCUCAUCUUUCGAGUUAUUUUUUUUAUACAUUUUCGAAAGUUUUGAGCCUGUUUUUCAGUUGAAAAAAAAGGUUGCCUCAGAAUGACACACCCUAAUAUUUACCCAAAAAGAUGUAUUUUAAAUUGAUUUUUAAUUGCAUUGCAUUGGACUUGCAAAUUUCGAGCAUAUAAUAUAAUAUUGUAAUAAUUUUUUAUAUAUGUAUGUAUAUGUAUAUAUUAUUUUAUGUAUCUAUAUAAAAAUUUAUAGAAAUAAUUUUUAUAUUAUUAAAAAAAAUGU